UUUGUCUCUUCUCAAUCCCCGCUGUUCGGCAUUUCCCACUUCAAUUCGGCUCUUUCCUUGCUACGAAUUCUGCAAGACGUGAAUACUUUUGGCAACAAAUCUCUCGCUACAGACAUGAGCAACAGCACGGUGGGCAUGACGGGCCCGCCCCCACACCCCAGCGCGCAGCUAAGGCUUUUUCAGACUGUGCCGCUCUUUGUUGACAACCUUUACCCGUACUCACGCACACACCCGUUUCACACAGUUCCGUCGCCGCAUGGUGCCAGCUCCUGCGCCGUAUGCAGCCCAGACAUGAACAGCUAGCAGCACAUUUGGAAGGUGGUGCGGUGUGCUCGAUUUACGUGCUUCGGUCGCAGCCCGAUGCCAGCGUGCAGUGGCGGCUGCUUGCCGACCGUAGAACUCUCGAGCUGCGUUCCGCUGCGCUGGGUCCAGUAGUCAAGAAUCGGACGGCAGCCUGCAUCCUACAGAGAUUACGCAGAGCGCUGCAUCGUCGUGGCGAUUUGCGAUCGCAGCUGCUCCCGACCUGUGGUCGUUUCGGACGAGACUACUGCCCAUGGCGUGGCAAGGGUGACGGUUUCAGUGUGCACAGUCGACGGCACUGUCUAUCAGUUAAGAUUUGGCAAUGUGCACGACAAUCGCAGACCCUGAGCUGGACGCUGUCUGCACGCACAACCUGGUAUCGUGCCUUCUCAUUGCAAGGAUGCAAAGUCACUGCCCGGCAGACAACCGGUAGCACUGGAAGGCGUUGGAGCCAGCAUGCUGGCAGUUGGCUGUAGAGACAGUAGUCUGGUGUGGCUAACGCUGCAGCGAAAUUCCCGAAGGACUGCAAGGGGAUAUGAGCCGGUUUGUGUCCGAAUCAGUAUCAGGAGCACAGGGAAUUCUGACGUCAGUCAAAGGUAUUUUUCCACGGAUGCUCAGCGGCGAGUAUGGCCAUGAUAGCGAGUCCAAACGAGCUUGUUUCGCUUGCUACCACUC